AGAGCAGAGAUCUCCAAAGAUCCUAACUUUGAUUCUUCCGGUGUUUUCUCCGACCCAUUCAGAUGUAAAAACGUUUCAUGACAGCGACAACAACAAGCUACACAAUUCAUGGCGAUUGUCCGAACAUCAAAGCUUGAUCUCCCAAACCCAUCUCUCUCUCCUUCUUCUCCUCAAGUUUCAUCGAUACUCUACGAACCAAUCUCCUCAUCACUUGCCCUAACUCUAUCUGAUUCCUCCAUCUCUCUUUACCCUUCUCUCUCCCCUCUCUCUACUCCUUCUCUUUCAUACCCACAAACCCUAAUCCCUUCUCCUUGCUCCUCUGCUUCGUUUCUCCUCCUCCGCUCCCAGAACGCUAACUCCAACGACGAUUCCGGUAACGAAGCCUCCCCACGUGUCUUCUUUAUCGUUGCUGGUCCUUAUCGUGGUGGGUCUCGUCUUCUUCUCAGAUUCUAUGGUUUACGGGAAGGGAAAAACAGAGGCUUUGUGAGAGCCAAAGUGAUUUGUGAUCAAAAGGGUAUUGAAUUCGAUCAGAAAGUUGGGGUUUUGUUGAAUUUAAGCCACGGUGUUUCGGUUAAAAUCGUUGGCUCGACCAAUUACUUUGCAAUGUAUUCGGUUUCUAGCUCGAAAAUACUCAUCUUUGGUCUCAAGGUUGUGACUGAUGGCAGCAAUUGUGGAGAUGAUGAUGCAGUGGUUGUGAAGCUGAUAAGAUGUGGUGAGAUUGAAUGUGUUAGACCGGUUUGGUCGAUUGGGAUUUUUUCGGGUUUGUUGAUUUUGGGGGAAGAUAAUGGAGUUAGGGUUUUAAAUCUGAGGGAGAUAGUCAAAGGGAGGUUGAAGAAAGGGAAGAAAGACAAUGGGAGAUUGCGUAAUGGGCACAUAGAAGUGAAGAAGAAGGAAAAUGCUGUUCAUGUGAACAAGGGUUUGUUAAGUAAACGGAGACAAGGAUCUUCUGAAACAAGAAUGUGCUUUGUGUUGUUUCAGAAAAAUGCUGCUGCUGUUGGCGCUGAUCUGAAAUCAGAAACAUGUGUGGUCAUGUCUCUUAGGGCGAUAUCUAUCCAAGCAUUGUCCAUUAAAAGGUUCUUGAUCUUGGACUCUGCCGGGUAUAUACAUGUAUUGCAUGUAUCUGGUCGCCAUUCUCUCGGAUCAAACUUUACUUGUGAUAUGCAGCAGUUGCCUCGCUUUAUGGAUGUCCAGAAAUUAGCCCUUCUUCCUGAAAUCUCUGUUGGAACGAAAAGCUUUUGGAUUUCAGACGGAGAUUAUUCCAUGCAUAGGGUGACAAUUUCUGAUGAGGAAACUACCAGCAAAGAGAAAGAUGAAGAUAAGAAAAUAAGAGAGGAAAGACCACCUAUACAAAGCUCGGAUUAUGGUGCAGUAACACACACAAUUUUCUCUCCAGAAAAGAUUCAGGAUCUUGUUCCUCUUGGGGGAAACGGUGCUCUGAUUCUCGGGCUACGAAGCUUAGUUCUCCAGAUGAUGAUGAAGCUUCGUGAGCUGACAUUGAUGAUGUUCACGAUUGAAACUUUUGAAGACUCUGGAGAGCUUGAGUUCGACCUAAGAGAAUGGGCACGAAAAGGCCAUUUAACUCGCGAAGAUCAAAGUUCUAGAAGGUUCUCUGCCUCUUGUAUCCGAAGCUUCCGAGAAGACCACAAGUCUUGUACAACAAACUUCACCAUCUCUAGUACUGCCUCUUCUCCCGGUUACUCCCUCAAAGAUGAGAUUGACCCAUCAAAUUAUUCCUUCACUAGUGCACUCAAGGCAUUGCAAGCAAAAACAGUGUACAAGAAGAAUUGGGAUUGGUUGAAACCAGAAGGAGUUGAGCUAAACUCGAAAUGGAACGAAGCAGAGAAGUAUAUCUGCAAUCCUUUAUCUGGUGAAGUUCCUUUGGAGUGUUUAUCUUCUAAAACCCUAAAUUCAAGAUCUUUUAGAAACUUAUCCACCAAGCAUGCUCCACUCAUGAUUUUACCUUCUAAUCCUAAUCUCAACAUUCCAAGAAUCAUCCACGAGGAUCCUAAAACUUCCGAUCCUGUUCUUAUUCAAGAAAAGAAAGUUGUGGGGUCAAAACGAGAUGUCGUUAGUGCACCGGAAAAUGUUAGUGCAGUGAACACGACGCCGAUCAUGGAGAGAUCAACGAAAAGACAGGUGGAAGCUGAUGAUUUGCAUGUUGAGUAUGCACUAAAGUUGAAAGCUCAACAAGAGGAUGUGAAGUUAGAAGAAAAGGAGCAAAAGAUGGAGACAAAAGAAAUUCGAGAAGAAAAGAAAAGAGGAAGUGGGUGUUUCUCAUGGAUAAGGAAAAUGCAAAAGCAACCAAGAACAUCCAAAUGCAUAUUUCUCAUUUGUCUUCCUCAUCUUUUCAAAGCUUCUUGAGAUUCAAACCAAUAAUUUUGAGAUAUUGGUUACACAAUAAUAGAGCAAUGUCUGCAAGAUCAUAUGCUAGAUUCUUACUUCUCUUUUGCUUGUAUUUAUUGGCAUAUGAUACAACUUCUUUUUAUUGUUUUAAAAGAUUGUGAAACACAAACUUUUGUUCAAGGUUUUCAAGAAACUAAGUCUACCAAG